CUGCAGGAAGCACUGGACUUGCAGCCGCCGCCAGUGCCAUGGAGCGGGAGCUUGAGGACCUGGACGAGCAUCCACCAGCAGCCUCAGACAGUCGGGCUGAGACGGCAGCCCAGCUCGUGGACCGCUACAUCUCUUCGCGGCCAGCAGUGGCCGUGACGGACAUCCUACAGUACUGGCGGACCGAGGGAGGGAAGCUGUUCCCGCAUCUGAUGGAGGUGGCCCGAUUCGCCCACAGUCUGCCGGCCAGCAGCGCUUCCUCAGAGAGGCUGUUCUCCUCUGCUGGACGGACAGCAGAGCCGAGGAGGUCGAACCUCAGCAAGGACCACCUGGACCAGCUCCUCCUCGUGAAGGGCAACAAGGACCUGCUCAAGCGCUGAGCGCACCGACCGGCGCAGUGGACCGGCAGGCAAAUGUGUGUCGCUGUCGGAGCUUUCAUCGGACUGUCGUCUGUCAAGCACGGACGAGUCACGGAAGGACGGACUACGGAGUACGAACUACGGAUUCAGCAUUUUUAAUUUUCUAGUCGAGAAACCAACUGCCGAGAGUGGAACUGGAGACCGGUAGGAUAUUGCUAAUCGUUAAUAUGUAUGUUUUCUGUUAUCGAUAUCUAUCGAUUAUCUAAUCAUAAUCUAGUCUGGGUGAUGUCGUUUUUAUCAGCGUUUAAAAUGCGAAUCAUUAAACAUGAGCUGUUGCAGCAUUGAAGGUUUGUACUUUGUACUUUUGUAGUGUACUAUGUAGUUUGUACGGAAUACUGUGAUCAGUCAUUAAGUAUGGCAAAUAAUUUUGUCACGCUGUGUCUGCCUGCAGUUCGCACUUCGCACUGAAUACAACUUUAAUGUUUU